AUGCGUUUCUCUGACUCUCUCCUCCUCAUCGGCCUCUCCAGCCUCGCUGGUGCUCACCCCAGCAGAAGGGCUCCUAACCCUUCACCACUGAGCAAGCGUGGCCUCGACCUGGAAGCUUUCAAGCUUCCUCCUAUGGCCGAGUACGUUCCUCAGGACGAGGUUCCUGAUGAUGUCAGUGCCAAGCUCAUCACCAAGCGAGCUGACUAUACCGAGACUGCCAAGGACUUGGUCAAGUCGACGUUCCCCAAGGCUACUUUCCGCAUGGUCAAUGAUCACUACAUUGGUUCCAACGGAAUUGGGCAUGUGAAUUUCCGCCAGACGGUUAAUGGUAUUGAUAUCGAUAAUGCUGAUUUCAACGUCAACAUUGGCGCUGAUGGAGAGGUCUUCUCCUACGGAAACAGCUUCUACGAUGGCAAGCUUCCUGGACCUCUCACCAAGCGUGAUGAGAAGGACCCAGUCGACGCUCUGAAGGACACAGUCGAUGUGCUUUCUCUCCCUGUUGAGGCUGAGAAGGCUAAGGCUGAGAAGAAGAGCAAGAACCACUACACCUUCACCGGUACCAAGGGUACCGUCAGCAAGCCUGAGGCUAAGCUCACCUACCUUGUUGAUGAGAACAAAGAGCUCAAGCUCACUUGGAGAGUUGAGACUGAUAUCGUUGAUAACUGGCUGUUGACUUAUGUCAACGCUGCCAAGACUGAUGAGGUUGUCGGUGUUGUUGACUACGUCAACGAGGCUACAUACAAGGUCUAUCCUUGGGGUGUUAACGAUCCUUCCAAGGGAUCUCGAACCACUGUUACAAACCCGUGGAACCUCGAGGCCUCCAAGUUCACCUGGCUCAGCGACGGCUCAAACAACUACACCACCACUCGCGGAAACAACGGAAUUGCCCAAGUUAAUCCCAGCGGAGGCUCUACCUACUUGAACAACUACCGUCCUGAUAGUUCUUCGCUGAAGUUCGAGUAUGACUACUCCACCAGCACCACUACACCCACCACCUACCGCGAUGCUUCCAUCGCCCAGCUUUUCUACACUGCCAACAAGUACCACGAUCUUCUUUACCUUCUUGGCUUUACCGAGAAGGCUGGUAACUUCCAGACCAACAACAAUGGUCAGGGUGGUGUAGGAAACGAUUUUGUUAUCCUCAACGCCCAGGACGGAAGUGGUACCAACAACGCCAACUUCGCUACUCCUGCUGACGGUCAGCCCGGUCGCAUGCGAAUGUACCUCUGGACCUACAGCACACCCCAGCGCGACUGCAGUUUCGACGCUGGUGUUGUCAUCCACGAGUACACUCACGGUCUCUCCAACCGUCUCACUGGUGGCCCUGCUAACUCAGGCUGUCUUCCCGGUGGUGAGUCUGGUGGUAUGGGUGAAGGCUGGGGUGACUUUAUGGCUACUGCUAUCCACACCACAUCCAAGGAUUCCCGCUCUAGCAACAAGGUCAUGGGUGACUGGGUCUACAACAACGCAGCCGGCAUCCGCGCUUAUCCCUACAGCACCAGCCUUACCACUAACCCCUACACUUACAAGAGUGUCAACAGUCUCAGUGGAGUCCAUGCUAUUGGUACCUACUGGGCUACUGUCCUGUAUGAGGUUAUGUGGAACCUCAUCGACAAGCACGGGAACAGUGAUUCGGAUGAGCCCAAAUUCAGCAACGGCGUUCCUACCGACGGUAGAUAUUUAAUCAUGAAGCUUGUAGUGGACGGAAUGAGUCUGCAACCCUGCAACCCCAACAUGGUUCAGGCCCGCGACGCCAUCAUCGACGCCGAUACCGCUCUUACUAAGGGAGCUAACAAGUGCGAGAUCUGGAAGGGCUUUGCCAAGCGUGGUCUUGGAACUGGUGCCAAGUACAGUGCUUCCAGCCGAACUGAGAGCUUCGCUCUCCCAUCCGGAUGUUAA